AUGCCGAAAGUAAAGAACACGCAAAAAUACGUGAAAAAUUAUACCGAAGAAUAUGUCGCUAAGGCAAUUGAAGAAAUUCAUAAAGGGAUGUCGAAAAAAAAGGCUUCAGUUAUUUUUAAUGUUCCUAGAGCCACUAUACAGUUCAGAUUAUCUAACAAAUUUAAAAAACCGGCUCAUGGUCCCAGACCAGUUUUAUCGGCUGAUGCAGAAGAAAGCUUGGUAAAAUGGAUUCUGGAGUGCCAAAGGAAAGGUUUUCCAAGGCGCAAAACUGAUAUUCAAUUAUCUGUUAAAAAUUACUUAGACAACCUUGGUAUAACGGUGCCACUUUUCAAACAAAAUAUGCCGGGAGAGAAAUGGUUUCAAGCUUUUCUUGGGCGACAUAAGGAAUUAAGGAUGAGAACCUCCGAAGCAGUAACAAAUGCUAGUAGCCAAAUUGCUUUCAGUGACAUAAAGGGUUGGUUCACUCAACUUGGAAAAUACCUUAAAUCAAGAGGAUAUGACGACAUUUUGGAAGAUCCCAGUCGCAUAUUUAAUGGCGAUGAAACCGCUUUCAUGUUUUGCCCAAAACAAGAAAAGGUGGUCGCCCAGAAGGGGUCGAAGGAUGUCUAUGAAGUUGACGCUGCUAGUUCCAAAUCAAAUCUGACUGUAAUGUUUUCUUUUUGUGCUGACGGCAGAGUAACUCCUCCAAUGAUCAUUUAUCCAUAUAAAAGGAUGCCAAAGUCAAUCGUCGAUACUGUUCCGAAAGGUUGGGGCAUCGGUAAUGGCGACAAUGGAUGGAUGAAGUCCGAAGUUUUUUAUGAGUACAUUGGUAAUGUGUUUUAUAAAAGUGUGGUUGAAAUGAAUGUGAUAUUUCCAAUAAUUUUGUUUGUGGAUGGACAUAAAACACACCUUACCUUCCAAUUAAGUGAAUUGUGUACUAGAUUAGGGAUCAUACUAAUAGCAUUGUACCUCAAUGCUACCAGAAUUUUACAACCAGCAGACGUAGCAGCAUUUAGACCAGUGAAAAGCGCUUGGAAAGAUGCUUUGCUAGAGUGGAGAUUCAAUCCUAUGAAGCAGUUUGGUAAAUUAGACUUUGCGAGUGUUUACAUACCGAACUUUGAAACGCCAUAA